GUCAGCUUUUGUCAGUGCCGCGUACCUGGUGAAAAGUUUUCAAAGUGUUUAUCUUGUACAGAACAAGUGGAAAAUGUAGUGCAAGGGUUAUAUCGAUGUCUUCUUCGAACGUCAAGGCAACAUUUGGUAUGACACACUUCUAAUUUUCAACUUCAUAGGGCUCUCAAGCAUCGAAGGUGCUGCUACCAGGGGAUGCCAUCCAUGACCUGACAGCAUGAGAGCACCAUGACCAACAUCACGACUGUGUACUUCCAUCGCAGCUUCCCUCCCUGCUGCCCAGCAUGGCUCAGGAGUUCCUCCCGCUGUGUGAUGUGCUCUUCAACAUCAUCUCCCUCGCCUCCUACUUCUGUGACGUCGUCUUUGACGUCAUUGUGGCAUACACGUUGCUCGCCGUCCACCGUGAGACUCUGUGGUUUGGCUUUGCUUUGUGCUGCAUUUUGGGAUCGCUCCUCACAAGUCAAGCAAUGUCUAUGAAGUGGUACCUGAAGAAGAAGAAUGAUAAAGUGAAAGCAGCCGAAAGUGCCGCCGUGAUGGCGGUGCACGUUCUGCAGUGUGGAGUGCUCUGGCGUUACUUCAAGCUCUUUGUACCUGUCGACCUGGUGUCAGUAAAACACGAAGUCAGAGACCUGUGCAUGUUGCGGAUGGUUCAUGGCUUCUGUGAAGCAGCACCGAUGCUGCUCCUUCAACUGAACCUGACGUGGAGGCAACCUUCGGCAGCGAGCGUGCCGCAUUUGGACCGGGUUUCGACUUUCCUGUCUCUCUUCAGUGUGUGUUGGGCGCUGGCGUCGUUUGGCAAGAACGUUCGCAGGCGAAAUAUUCACCGCCUCGUUCUAACGUGGCUAGGCGUAAUUUGCCAGUUCUUCUGGCGUCUGGGCACGGUGGCAUCACGAACUGCAGCCUUGACUGCGUACGCAUCGCUGUACGGCCACUGGGUGUUGUUAGUCAUGCUCUUGCAUUGGCUGGCGAUGUUCCUGUGGCUAAUUUCGCCCAAGAAUCUUUUUCAUCGAGAAGGAAUGCCACCGGUGCAGCGCCUGACAUACUCCGCGCUUGUGGCCUACGUACAGACGUUUUGCUACAUCAACCUCCAGGAGAGGCACGCAGUGCCCAAGAUGGCGGCGUUCUAUGUGAUCAUGUUUUUAGAAAACAGCCUCCUGGUCGCAGUGUGGCUGUCGAUACGACAGGAACAACAUUGGUUCGAUGUCCCCGCGCUGCUCUUCAUCUGGGGCGGCUUUGCCGCUGGAAUUGUGUUCAUGCUUCUCUAUUAUCGCUUCUUUCAUAUCAGACGCUUGCGGCACGUGUUGGGGUUCGGACUGCAGGAGGCGCAGACGGCGAAUAGUCCGCCGCAGACGGCCCCUCCGAGGUUGCCAGAUGGGGUGGCGCCAGGCGUGUUCAACUGCAGGUUGAAUCCGGCACUGAAGCGCAAGAAGAAGAAGCCAUCGACGUUUGUGCCAGUUCCGAGCGGACCACCCGGGAGCAUGCCGCUUGCGGCAAACCACAAGCUGCCUCCCUUCUGGAAAAGGUGCAGGCACAACAGUGACAAAGAAAGCAGUGUCGGUUCGCGCGUAGACAUACAGCAGAAGCUGCAAGAGAAGAAGAAACAACAGCUUCAGGAACUGCUAGAGAUCGAAGAAGAGAUCAAGCAAGGCAAACUUCCUCCGUCGGACCUCAGCGAGAAAGGGACGCUUCCCCCUCGCCAACCCAUUCCGCGAUCCAAGAAGCAGCCGUGGCUGCGGACACAGCCAGCUUUCCACUACCGUACCCUUCUCGGAGGAAACUCUCCGGAGGUGCUGCUCUCUCCGCAUUACCUCGACGACAGCUGCUUGUCGUACGACUUUGGCGAGCUCCCGUCGGACGUGUCGAGCGGAGUGUCAUCGCGAGUGACUCAGGAAGCAGUGCGCGAAAUGUACAGGAUUCCUCCAUCAGACGUGGACAGCCAGCUGUCGCUUCCACGUUCCUACACGCUGCCGAGAGACCUCAGGAGGUUCAGGAGGAUGCCGAGGGUUCCGAGACGGGUCGUGGGGAGCCCGGACAAUAAUUCGAGUGACGGUGACGUCGACUCGGCGGACGAAGACCUCGGGGUUGGGGCGAGGUUCAGGACUUGUCGAACACACGCGGCGUUGAUGCGCGGUUGGAGGCCCGAGACUCAGUUGUGACAGUGUUUUUGUAAUCGGGUCAGUUGAUGCUGUGAGUGCGUUAGGAAAUGAAAGGGUGCGCCUACAGGAGCGUUUGCUCAGCUCCAAUGGGCUCAACGUGGGGCAGCUCGCGAGAACAGUAAGAAAAGGAGUGAAAGAAGGGCUGUUUUCACCUCAGGAAGGGUACCGGUACAGUAAUUAUAUAAAUGAGCUCCACCAACGGUACCAUCGCUUGUGUAUGCCUGUAUAUAUGAUUGCCAACCAUUUUGUAGUUUCGCUUUAGUUCUGCCGACACAGUUCAUGUUUCCCCGAUCAAGCCAGAAAAUAUGCUUUAUAUCUGCCUUUGUAUCGUGGCAUAUUUUAAACACAUAAGGUCACAUUUCACUGUGAACACAUCGUGCAGACGAAAACUACAAAUCAACCACAAGACGACACUCCUCGCGAUCCUCCCAGACCACGCAAUAGACGAUUUCAGAAAUUGCAUGGAUGACCCACCAGAGAGCGCCGUGUUGCGAAAGCCCCAUUGCACCUUGGGAUUUAGUUUUCAUGAGUCAGAGAGAAGAAGAAGAGCGCAAACGGUUUCGGUUUUCUUUCUCCUUCACCUCACGUAACUUCGAGCAACAGCCAGCGAGCACGAAUGUAAACCAUUUCCCACGAUGCAUUGCGCGAUGCGCGUGACUUGGGCGACGGAGGGCCGCCGUGCGGAGCACAAGGGCAAUAUCUGAAAUCGCCUAUUGCUUAUGGUGAAUAAUGCUCAAUUAGUGUGCUCAACAGCACAAUGAAUGGAGGAAUGCACACAUAAUGACUUGGUAAUCGGAACAUUUCAAGAUGGGACAAGGGAACAUAGCAAGCCUAAAAGAACAGAGAAGGGCAAACUAGUUAGUUCAUGUGGAUCAUGUGGUACGCUUCUUGAGGGUGAAAGCUGGUGGCAUUUGACUCGUGCCACCAGCCUACUAAUAUUCAACUGCUGGUUCUGUGCCAAGAUGUGAACAUGUGGAACAUUCAUCACUGCUUGACACAGCUCUUAUUGCCUUCUCUCUCCAAACAUGUAUUUGAUUUUGCUUCCAGAGGGUUGUGUUAUCUUUUGAGUUCAGAAUUUUUUUCUUCUUCAGGGUUUGUCCAUUUCUUUGGCUACAGCAGUGUUGUUCUUACUGCUUGACUGUACAUAGUACUUAUUUAUUGAUCUUUUACGAGCAGCUACCUGAGCAAAGUGCGAAGUCUAUUGCAUUGCAUUUACCGUGUAUUUGCUCGUUGUUGAGCAUGAAUCUCUUUUUUUUUGUUGUUGUUGUUGUUCCUUGGCCUUUGAGUUGGCUGUCAUUCUUGUUGUGUCAAAAAAGUCAGCCCAAUAUUCCCAGUGCCAAGUCUGUCGAUCUCUCUUGUAUGUGCCACAGGAAGUUUAGUGUAUCUUAUAAUGUACAAAUUGUGCAACUUUGACACUUUGCCAAGUCUUUGGGUUCUGUGCGAAUCUUUCCAGUAGUUUGUUUCAGGGUAAUCUUCCAAAACAUUUUUAUUGUUUGGGAUUCCAUUGCAUACCACAGGCACCGAUGAGUUUGCUCAACCAUACAGAAGUUCGCAAAGUAGUUAAGAUGCAAGCAUAGAUGCAAGCUAGCUGGUGGAUAAAAUCCAUGAUAGGCAAGCCUGAGCGACGGACAAAAAACACACAAACAUGACGGCUCAGCUUGUGAGCCGUGUUUAUGUCAUGUUUGUGUGUUUUUUGCCCAUCGCUCAGGCUCUCCUAUCAUGGGUACCACCUGAAGCUGUGUGCAUCCCAAUGAAAUGUUUAGUAAGAUUCUUGGAUGUCUAUUGGUGCUUCUACAUUCUACUUAUUGGCAUCUAUAAUUAGCAGCAUUUGUUUGUUUGUUUUUAGUCUAUUAUGCGGUUCCCUCCCAAACAGAUUUUAUUGCUGCCAGUUAACUCCACAGUGAGCUGUAUUAGAAAAAAAAAAAAAUGUAUGUGGAUAUCUCAAACGAUGCUUGUCUAUAUACUUUCCAAAGCAAUGACUGUUCACACAGUUUCAGGUUGUAUGGUUGCAAAGAGCAACGGUUAUGAGAACUUUUGGGAUGUCCUUAUUGUGUGGGUCUUGAGAAUGCAUUCAGUGGCUUAUGUCAGCUAAAUCAGUUCAUCUUCUCCAGGAACAUUGUACUAUCACUUGGCAUUAGUGAUUACUUUUAAAUAAAAAAAAAUAAAAUAAAUAAAUAAAAAAGCACAAGUACGUUAAGAAAACAGGGUGGUUGAGCAAUAACCAUCGGUACCUUUGGCACGGAAUGACCCACCAGUGAAUGUCACUCCUUUAUUUUAUUUUUGUUAUGAGCGUCAUGACACCUGGACUGCAUUUGCUUUAUUUCAAAUAUCAAAAGUAGAAUCAUUGUUACAUAUGUACAUUCUCUUCUACACACACGCAUACCAUGCUCUGAUACAAAGCAGGCUCAAAAUAAAUAUAUGUCGUUCCCACAU